UUUUUCAAUACACUGUUAAGUACUGUUAUAUGUUUUUUUUCUUUGUGAUUUGAUGCUUCUUUAUAUCAAUUAUUUCUUAAGAGCUUAAUGUUAAAUAUUUUACCUUAAGUAUGCCUUAAGUAUGAAACGAAUUAAAAUUAUAAAUUUAAUACAACUACGCCUUGCUGUUGCUAUAAUAAACAACAGUUAUCGUGCAGUAGUUAAAUCAUUCAGUCUUUUCUCUCCCUUCUUGCAUGCAAGCAAGAUACUUAUCUAUGUUUGUGGAAUCAAUUAAAGAAGCUUCUUCUCAUGAUCUUAUCUUAUUUCUUAACUUUAUCCUUAAAAGAGUUGAGUGUCAUUGCCAUUUCCUGGAACUUUUACCCUUUUUUAUGUGAGAACUCCACCAACGACACUCUCAACACUAGACUUCAAGGAUUUUUCAUCGAAUCUUGCGUGUUCGUCUUUAGAAGUAGAUUUUGUGUAAUCUUCCAUCAAUAAUUUGAGUGUCUGGAACGAAUAAUGAACCAAAAAAUAGUAAUAUCAAGUUCCCACCUUAUCUUUACUCACUGUUUAAUGUUCCAACAAUGUUUGCUUCUUCCAUUGGCAGAUGAUCAAGAUGAUGGUGACUGUGGUGAUUGUAUUUACGAUCUGUUGGCUUCCGUUCAACUUCCUCAUGCUCAUGAAACUUCCUUCGUCGUGGGAUCUGUUGCCGUACUUCUGGUUCGCCUUCCACUGGCUAGCGAUGUCGCACAGCUGCUACAAUCCGAUCAUCUACUGCUACAUGAACGCGCGGUUCCGCAGCGGCUUCAUACUGGUGCUGCACGGUGUGCCGGGUCUGCAGCAGAUCUGCUGCUGCAUUCGCCAUUCGCCACCGAACAUCGCGCGCAACGUCGGCUCCAGCGUGGCCCUCGCCGGUGAGAUGAAUGGCCUGUACGGUGCCAGCGCACUGCGAAGAAAGGCGGGAGUGCGAGUUAGGUGCCACCCAGGAUAACAAAACCACCUGUUUCUUACCUGUUCCGUUUCUGUUUCCAUCUUGCCCUCGGGGGGAGGUGUUCUGGGACGUUGCUCGCUGUGUUCUGCUACACACGUUGCCGUGUGUUGUUCUAGUGUUUUUUCUAGGAUAUUCGCUUACAAAUGCGCUUUGUUUCUUACGAUGUCACACACGCAAAUCACCACAAUGUAUUCGUUCUCAUGUGGUCUUAGCGAGCACCAGCUUAUUGCAUCCUCAUCUCAUCGAUCGUUGGUUGUGUUUUCCUGUUUUUCAACACAAAUCAGACGCUUCCAAAGCCACAAAGGCGUUAGAAAAUAGUUUCAAACGCAUUUCAUCCUUCACAAUCACAAUUUCUUUCUCUUUUGUGUUAUCGAGGAGGUACUGGAUCUCUUAGAUCUCUGCACAUUAAAUCACAAGUGUUGUUAGCCUAACAAUCUUACCUAGAAAUAGUUGCUGAUUUCGUUGCUUAACGCUCAAACCCGCUCAAAAUCGCCAUCGACACGCGCUCUGCAUGAAUCUGGGCGUUCUGACCGUUAGCUUCAGAUCCACUUCAUUCAUGUCAUACAGUCUGCUCGAUUUUUUUUCUCUUUCCUAUUCAUGCGUCUCUGUCAUUUUGGAACCUUACAACACAAUCACAACCGUUUGUUUCAACCGUGAGUUUUGUUUAUUGUAAAAUAUACGCAAACAAAAAACACACAAUACCGGAGUGAGACGAUGUUAAGUGCCAGAACAGCUCUUUGAAAUAUGUUUUAUUUAUUUCUGCUAUAAAAAAUAUCUCAAGUCUAUUGGUGACGAGUGAAAUUGUUUAUUAAUAUCACAUAAAGUAAAUAAAUUUUUGUUCAAUAUAAUUUCUUGUUAACUCUCUACCUGUCUACUUGAAGAUUUGCCGAACUUUUCAACAAUUUCUGGUUCCAGGAAAGGAAAACCCAGAUCAACCUUGCAUCAUUCGCUUAAUUUACGAAUCACCUUAACCUCACAAAGCGGGUUCAAUCAAAAAUUUCGUUUGAAAUAUUUCAUUAAUUUUAUAAUAAAAAUAAAUAAAAAAUUUAA